UCCAUGCGGGGGCCAUGGACAGAGCAGCGCUCCUGGGACUGUCCCGCCUGUGCGCGCUGUGGGCAGCCCUGCUCGCGCUCUUCCCCUGCGGAACGCAGGGCAACUGGAUGUGGUUGGGCAUCGCGUCCUUCGGGGUUCCCGAGAAGCUGGGCUGCGCCAACCUGCCGCUGAGCAGCCGCCAGAAGGAGCUGUGCAAACGGAAGCCCUACCUGCUGCCAAGCAUCCGCGAGGGCGCCCGCCUGGGCAUCCAGGAGUGCAGGAGCCAGUUUCGCCACGAGAGAUGGAACUGCACGGUGGCCGCCGCCUCCACGCCCGCCUCCAGCGCCCUCUUUGGCCACGAGCUGAGCAGCGGUACCAAGGAAACAGCCUUUAUUUAUGCUGUAAUGGCUGCAGGCCUGGUGCAUUCUGUGACCAGGUCAUGUAGCGCAGGUAACAUGACAGAGUGUUCCUGCGACACCACCUUGCAAAAUGGCGGCUCAGCGAGUGAAGGCUGGCAUUGGGGGGGCUGCUCUGAUGAUGUUCAGUAUGGCAUGUGGUUCAGCAGAAAGUUCCUAGAUUUCCCCCUCAGAAACACCUCUGGAAGAGAAAGCAAGGCACUAUCAGCAAUGAAUCUACAUAACAGUGAAGCUGGAAGGCAGGCUGUUGCCAAGUUGAUGUCAGUUGACUGCCGGUGCCAUGGAGUUUCUGGCUCCUGUGCUGUGAAAACAUGCUGGAAAACCAUGUCGUCUUUUGAGAAGAUUGGCCAUUUGUUGAAAGAGAAGUAUGAAAACAGUGUCCAAAUCUCAGACAAAAUAAAGAGGAAAAUGCGAAGGAGGGAAAAGGAUCAGAGGAAAAUCCCCAUUCACAAGGAUGACCUGCUUUACAUUCAUAAGUCUCCCAAUUACUGUGUAGAAGACAAGAAACUCGGGAUUCCAGGGACACAAGGAAGAGAAUGCAACCGAACGUCAGAGGGUUCUGAUGGCUGCAACCUCCUGUGCUGUGGCCGAGGUUAUAACACGCAUGUGGUCAGGCAUGUGGAGAGGUGUGAGUGUAAGUUCAUUUGGUGCUGCUAUGUCCGCUGCAGGAGGUGUGAAAGCAUGGCUGACGUCCACACUUGCAAGUAACUGCUCCGUCAGGCCUUGGGCAGCGUGGCUCAGGGACGUGCAGUUGGAGUCUCACCCAAGGGUGCAUCUUUCAC